AGUCUCAGUGGCUGAAAGUCCAACUGCCAGAAGACUGUGUUCUGGGACUGUUGGUUACCAUGGCAACACGAGGACCCAUGUUAUAAUCAGAAAUUUGCAAUGAGGGGAGAAAAGGGUUGAAAGCCACAAGCGCUGUCCCCUUGCUGCCUGGGCAUCCUCUCUCCACACCCACGGGCUGAAGAGGAUCCCUGCGGAGGGAAGAGGCCAGCGUAGCGGUGGCCACUGCUGCCUUGUCAUGUGGUUGCCUGAGGCAGUUCCUGUCUGAGGAAUGUAGAGCCUGUUGGGUGAGGCGAACAUAAAGAGCUUAUUUUAGGACAGCACGAACGAGGUUGGAAUUUGCCCUUGACAAAUAACAAAAUGAUGAGUGACGCAAGCGACAUGCUGGCCGCGGCGCUGGAACAGAUGGACGGCAUCAUAGCAGGUUCUAAGGCACUGGAAUAUUCCAAUGGGAUCUUUGAUUGCCAGUCUCCCACCUCCCCAUUCAUGGGCAGCUUGCGAGCCCUGCACUUGGUAGAGGACCUGCGUGGGCUGCUAGAGAUGAUGGAGACGGAAGAGAAGGAAGGCCUGAGGUGCCAGAUACCAGAUUCCACAGCAGAAACGCUGGUGGGAUGGCUACAGAGUCACAUGACAAAUGGACACCUAUCUGGGAACGGAGAUGUGUACCAGGAAAGGCUCGCCCGUUUAGAGAAUGAUAAAGAAUCCCUUGUUCUUCAGGUAAGUGUGUUAACAGACCAGGUAGAGGCUCAGGGAGAGAAGAUCCGGGAUUUGGAGUUUUGUCUGGAGGAGCACCGAGAGAAGCUAAACGCCACAGAGGAAAUGCUGCAGCAGGAGCUGCUGAGUAGGACAUCCUUAGAAACGCAGAAGUUAGAUCUCAUGGCUGAAAUAUCUAACUUGAAGUUAAAACUGACAGCUGUAGAGAAGGACAGGUUGGAUUAUGAAGAUAGAUUCAGAGACACAGAGGGGCUAAUGCAGGAGAUAAAUGAUUUGAGGUUAAAAGUCAGUGAAUUGGACAGUGAAAGACUUCAGUAUGAAAAAAAGCUUAAAUCAACCAAAGAUGAACUGGCAUCCUUGAAGGAGCAACUGGAAGAGAAGGAAUGUGAGGUGAAUAGAUUACAAGAGCAGCUGGCCUCCAGGAUGAAGGGAGAAGGCAUUGAAAUCCCUGAUCGAGAUGAAAAUUUUAAAAAGAAGCUCAAAGACAAAAAUAUUGAAGUUCAAAAAAUGAAAAAGGCGAUGGAGUCUUUGAUGGCAGCCAAUGAAGAAAAGGAUCGGAAAAUAGAAGAUCUUCGACAGUGCCUGAACAGGUACAAGAAAAUGCAAGAUACAGGGGUGCUGGCCCAAGGUAAAAAAGGCCAAGAUGGAAACUACGAAGAUCUCCUCUCUUCCAGCUCCUUCUCCACUUUGCUGGAUGUGCAGGGUUUUAGUGAUCUGGAGAAAAGUCUGUCCUCCACCCCCGUGAUGGGAUCUCCCAGCCGCGACCCAUUUAACACAAGUGUUUCAGAAGAGUUCCACAGCAGCAUAUUGCAAGUUUCUAUCUCUUCGCCACUGCCGGCAGCAAAAGGUUUACAAACUCCUGAAAAAACACAAUUGCCUCCUAAACCGGAUACUUCACCGGAUGAGAAUGAUGGAAAGACAGUCCUUGGUGCAGCUGUCGAAAGCCAGCGGAACGAUAGUCUUUCAACUUCAAGUCUACAGAAGUCUAGCAGCCUGAGCAAUCUGAAGAAGGAAUCAUCAGAUGGGGAUAAAGCACAGGCAGAAAGCAGCCCUUUUGAGAGCCUCCCCCCAAAAGUUCCAGGACAUGGUGUCUCCGCAGAUGACAACCCCUUUGGCACCCGAAAAGCCAGAUCUUCCUUUGGUCGUGGCUUUUUUAAAAUUAAAAGUAACAAGAGGACGGCAAGUGCACCUAACCUGGACCGUGCGCGGAGUGCCAGUGCGCCCACCCUAGCUGAAACAGAAAAGGAGACAGCUGAGCACCUGGAUCUGGCAGGGGUAUCCUCUCGGCCCAAAGAGUCCCAGGGGAGUAGUCCCUUCCAGCUGUCCCCACCGUCUCCAGAUUCCAAAAAGAAAUCCAGAGGCAUCAUGAAACUUUUUGGAAAACUCAGAAGAAGUCAGUCAACGACAUUCAACCCAGAGGACAUGUCUGAGCCCGAGUUCAAGAGAGGAGGGACAAGGGCCACGGCAGGGCCCCGACUAGGCUGGUCUCGAGAUUUGGGACAGACUAACAGUGACCUGGAUAUGCCAUUUGCCAAAUGGACCAAGGAGCAGGUGUGCAGCUGGCUUGUGGAGCAGGGCUUGGGUUCCUACUUGAAUUCUGGCAAGCACUGGAUCGCCUCUGGCCAGACACUUCUGCAGGCUUCUCAGCAAGACCUGGAGAAAGAACUUGGAAUCAAGCAUUCACUUCAUCGAAAGAAACUCCAGCUUGCUCUCCAAGCCCUGGGAUCUGAAGAAGAAACUAAUCAUGGAAAACUGGAUUUCAACUGGGUUACUAGAUGGUUGGAUGAUAUUGGUCUCCCCCAGUACAAGACCCAGUUUGAUGAGGGACGGGUAGAUGGUCGAAUGCUCCAUUACAUGACCGUGGAUGACUUACUGUCUUUGAAGGUUGUGAGUGUGCUCCAUCAUCUCAGUAUCAAAAGGGCCAUCCAAGUCCUGCGGAUCAAUAACUUUGAACCCAACUGUCUGCGGAGGCGGCCGUCGGACGAGAGCAGCGUCACCCCAGCAGAGGUUCAACAGUGGACCAACCACCGUGUGAUGGAGUGGCUGCGCUCCGUGGAUCUGGCGGAGUAUGCCCCCAACCUCAGAGGCAGCGGCGUCCACGGAGGGCUCAUGGUUCUGGAACCUAGGUUUAAUGUUGAAACCAUGGCUCAGUUACUGAAUAUCCCACCAAGUAAGACCUUGUUGCGAAGACACUUGGCCACUCAUUUUAACCUUCUGAUCGGUGUGGAGGCCCAGCACCAGAAGCGCGAUGCCAUGGAGCUGCCGGAUUAUGUCCUGCUCACAGCUACUGCCAAAGUGAAGCCAAAGAAACUUACCUUUAGCAAUUUUGGGAAUCUGAGAAAGAAGAAACAGGAAGAUGGCGAGGAAUAUGUUUGUCCGAUGGAGCUGGGGCAGGCAUCAGGGAGCACAUCUAAGAAGGGAUUCAAGGCUGGCUUGGACAUGCGCCUCUACGACGAAGAUGACUUGGAUCGUCUAGAGCAGAUGGAAGAUUCAGAAGGGACAGUGAGACAGAUUGGUGCAUUCUCCGAAGGCAUCAACAAUCUAACACACAUGCUGAAGGAAGAUGACAUGUUUAAAGACUUCGCUGCCCGCUCGCCCAGUGCCAGCAUCACUGAUGAGGACUCGAAUGUUUGACAGCAGUGCAUAGAGGAGCGUCCUUCUCUGCUCUACUUCUCUUGUGCUCACGGAAUAUAUCCAGCAAGCCAGAGAUUGUAUAUUGCUUAUUGUUCCAACUUCUGCUUGUUUGAAAGUGAAGAUGGAAGGCGGGGGCCACAUGCCUCUUCUGCAGUUGCCACAAAAGCUGACACUGGUGAAUGAGCAUCUAAUUGCUCUUUUUCUAUUUAAUGUAAAAACCUGUGAUAUAUUAUAUUUAAAGUGCUGCAUUCAAGAUGAUUAUUUUACCAUAGUGUUUGCAAUCACCUUCACAGGCCGGGGGUUGGGGGCUGUGACCAGUGUGGGGGGCACCCUGACCCAUCAGCGCACAGCCCCAUGGGUGUCCAAGCAGGAUGCAUGCUCACCCUUGCCACGUGUGCUUUGUCCAAGCCUCACCUCCGCUUGCCUCCUACUGUCCUGUUUUUAUAUAUUUUUCUAAAUAUAUGUAUAUAUCUAGUACAUAGAAAAAAAUACAACUUUUAUUUUGUGACUUAAGGAAGAUGGUAAAAUGGCCACAUUUAAGAAAUCUUUAUAGUAUUGGAUAUUUCUUCUGCCAGCAGCUUCCUGAAGCCCUGGAGAUAGUCUUUGCUUCUCCACAGCUAAAUUUUAACAAUGUUGCUCAUCCAGGUCAAAUUAGUAUCUAGAAAAUACCCCUUCUUGGAUGGCCCUACAUAGAGUUGUUCAGCAGAUUUUUAAGAAUGCCCACAUUCUUUACCUCAAGAGCAAGAUACUCAAGGGGAACCUUUGAAAACUGUAAACUUGAAUGCAUUCAAAAGAGCCCCUCAAAUUUGUAGAAAAAAAUUAUCAAGAAACCAAAAUAAAACCCUUUACAGUAUUACACUUAUUGUCCUUUGGGCUCAAUACAUCACUGCAUCAGACUCCGAGCAGCCUGCCGCACGUCAGUCACCACACGUUUCUCAGGCUCUCCAGGAUGGGAUUUUUUUAAAGCUAAAUUUGAUCUCAGUCAGGGUUCAGAAACUCUGAGGCUACGAAAUCAUUUUACAAUGGCUGUGGGGUGAUACUACAACGUACCUCAUGUUUUUCUGUAACACAGGGUCCAACUAUUCUUUCUAAAGAAAGAGAAAGCCAGAGCAGAAACCAUCACUGUGUUUUUUUUUUUUAAGGGUGUUAUAACAAAUACUCUAUUUUGUAUGCUACCUGCCAUCAUUACUCAUGGUGACCGACUGUGGCAAAGACAGGUUUUCACAAAUUGGUGGGGGGAGGGGGGAGGGCACGGGCAGCUGGGUAGGCUGACAUAGGCCCAUGGGCUUGGUUAUAAACUCAACUUGAAGGCUAAUUGUAUGUUCUUUCACGUGAUCAGAAGUCAGUCACCAAGCUCCUCUUCAAGGAACUUGAAGCAAAUCACUAUUUACUCAUAACUAAAAUAAUAUGAGGAGGAUAAUGAUCAUUUGCUCCCUUCCACUCAUGAUUUAGUAACUGUAUGGGCCUCUUUCUGUAUUUGUACUUUAUUUUAAUGUGGACCUAUGUCACCAUUCAAGGAACAAUUUGUUAUUCAAACCUGGUUAAAAUACCCAGAGUCUGUUCUAGAUGCCAAAUACUCUUUCUUCAGGACAUUGUAAGUAAUGCUAUGUGAUAAGGUUAAAAGUCUUUUUGAUGCUAUAUUUACAAAAUAUUAUGCACUGCCGGUAUUCCCUUAUGAAAGGAAAUAAAGUCAACUGAUAAUUGCCUCACGCUUCUUAUU